UCCAGAAGCCAUGCUCAUGGAGUGAGUAAAAAAGAGAGUUGAACUGAAUAACAUCGACUUCUCGAUUUGAGUGAAUAGUCAAUAGACGUGAACCCACCAAAGAGAUACACUUGGCCAUGCUCAAUCAAAUUUAAUCAAACAUCAUCAUCAUAUAAAUUUGGUUAAACUUAAUUUUCAUUUGAUUUUCUUGUUUACCAACAGUAAUUACUUUGUUGUUUAAAUUUUCAGCCAACAUUUCAUCUUUCGUGUUCAAGUGUUUUCACUUCAAAAUAAUGUUACUACAGUUUACCCAGUAACCAGGAAUUGGGUUAACUUUUGUUGUGCCAUUGAUUGUUUUAAAAGAUCAUUUCAAGUCGAUUUCGGUUCAAUUUGCUUUUAGAGAAACAUUUAAUUACUCUGCAAUUGGAUACUAUGAAGGUUGAUCCAAACAGUAACCAACAAAUUCUGUGCAAUAUUUUCCAAUCAACUUUUCACUUUUAAACAUCUUCAACUCUGUUUUUUGUGGUCAAGUUUUGUUUCAAUGGCUGUUAACCUUCAACAAAUUAGUGUCAAUGAGUGUCUUUAGUGUGUUAAUUUGAUCAUUGCUACAAUUUAUCAUCAAAAUGCAGAAUAUAAUGAGGAAACAACUGUCUGAAUCAGAGCUUCCAGUUGGUGAAAGGCUGGAACUGAAGGAAUUGAAAGAUCGUCUGGUUAAGGAAAAUGGUCGAGCCCAACUCUACGGGACAAGUAACUUGGCAUUCAACGAUGAAGUUUCACCCUUAGGAUCAGAGACAACUGAAAAGUUAACCCUUGACAUGGUAACUGCUGAUGAUAAAGCAUUCCGAGAUUGUGAAGAUGGACGAGAAUCUUGGGAUAAUAAAUUACAAUUUAUGCUGGCAACUAUUGGUUAUGCUGUGGGUUUGGGUAACGUUUGGAGGUUUCCGUAUUUGGCACAAAAAAAUGGUGGAGGUGCUUUCCUCAUUCCAUAUUUUAUUAUGUUGGCUAUCAUGGGAAUACCUGUUUUCUACCUUGAACUUGCUGUUGGCCAGAGGCUAAGGAAAGGUGCCAUUGGAGCCUGGAAUCUCAUCUCAAGUUAUAUGGGAGGAAUUGGAAUUGCUUCAGCUGUAGUCUCGUUCAAUGUAGCUCUCUAUUAUAAUACAAUUAUUGCUUGGUGUAUAUAUUAUCUACUUAAUAGCUUUGAAUCACCUUUACCUUGGACUGAUUGUCCUAAAGACAAUUAUCCCAAUGGAACAUAUGUUAAUAAUUCUGAAUGUGAGCGAAGCUCACCUACUCAGUAUUUUUGGUACCGAAGGACGCUUGAUAUAUCAGAUGAUAUCGAGGAUUUUCAAGGCUUCAAUUACAGGAUUGCUGGUUCACUUGCAAUUGCCUGGGUUUUGUGCUAUCUCUGUAUGGUCAAAGGUAUUGCAUCCUCUGGAAAGGUGGUUUAUGUAACUGCAACAUUCCCAUACUUUGUUUUGGUCAUCUUUUUCUUCCGAGGAAUCACAUUACCAGGUAUGUCAGCCGGAAUAACCCAUCUAUUUACUCCAAAGUGGUCAAAGCUUUUGGAUCCAAUUGUUUGGCUUGAAGCUGGAACUCAAAUAUUUUUUUCAUUGGGCCUUGGAUUUGGUGGAUUAAUUGCUUUCUCAUCUUAUAAUCCGGUUCACAAUAAUUGUUAUCGAGAUGCAAUUUUUGUUGCUUUAACCAAUUGUGGUACUUCCAUGUUUGCCGGAAUUGUUGUCUUUUCAAUAUUAGGUUUUAAAGCACAUGAGAUAAAUCAUCGUUGCAUUGAAAAUCGAACCGCUUUUAUUGAAUCAAAUGACCUGAAAGGAUAUCCAAUGUACGAUGGAAUCGUUUAUAUCAAUUCAACAACCACAAUUAAAUUAGAUAAAUGUGAUAUCCAAGAUGAACUGGACAAGGGUGCCUCUGGAACUGGUCUAGCAUUCAUUGUGUUUACUCAAGCCAUAAACGAGUUUCCGUUUGCUCCUUUAUGGUCAAUCCUUUUCUUUUUGAUGUUAUUCACACUUGGGAUUGAUUCACAAUUUGGUACUUUGGAAGGAGCAGUUACCUCGAUUGUUGAUAUGAAAUUGUUUCCCAAUUUAAGGAAAGAAAUUUUAACUGGCUCUAUUUGUUUGGUUUCAUUUCUUUUGUCUUUAAUAUUUGCUCAUGGCGCUGGGAAUUACAUUUUCACGCUUUUCGACAAUUUUGCCGGAAACUUUCCUCUUCUCAUUGUUGCCUUCUUUGAAUGUAUUGCCAUUGCAUUUGUCUAUGGCCUGAAAAGAUUCAGCGACGAUCUCGAAUUAAUGACUGGUAAACGUCCCAGCAAUUACAUGCUAUUUUGUUGGAGAUAUGCUGCUCCAUUCACCAUGUCGGUCAUCCUUGUUUCAAGUUUAAUCAGAUUAUCUCAUGAAAGUGGUUAUGAUGCUUGGGACAGUAAAUUGGCAACUGUGUUUGUUAAAGAAUGGCCUAGUUGGGCUAAAUUUUUCGCAGUCUUUCUGGUACUCAUUUCGGUUAUUUGGAUUCCUUUAAUUGCCUUUUUAAAGACCAUUGGAAGGCCUUUACUACCUGAAGAAGAUGCUUCGUGGUUUCCAGCCGAGGAAUUACGAGUUUAUCACGGAAUAACUCCUCAUAGACCAACCCGUUGGGAGCGAUUUUUCUUUGACAUGAACGACGAUUUUGACCCAACUCUCAACACGGAUGACAUUUAAUCAGCAAUAAUCAUCAAUUCUCCAUGCAUCAAUCUUGUAACAUACAUCAUCAUCAUUACAAAUGAUAACAAAACUGAAUCUAUCCAACAUCAACUUUAAAACUUGUACAUUAAUAGCCACAUGUAUAAAUAUAUACAUAUUUAGUGAAUGUAAAAAAGUUCAUUAUAGUGAAAAAUUUUAACCAUUUAUCUGGUUUAAAUUACUGUGAAAGGAGUGAUUAAUUUGCUGUUUGCGAAACAGUGUUUGGUUUAAUCUUGGUUUUUCCUUCGCAUAAGAUUAACCUGUAAAUAAUGAUAAACUUUCAUUGUAAAUUAUCAUUAUUAAUUACCUUUCCUAACAUGAUUCAUGUGUAUUAUUUGAAUUAUUGUUGAGUUUUAUGCUGUCUGCCAAGUUCAUUAUCCUUUGCAAUCUAUUAUUUCUCUGUAUGUAACAUUUACAUACAAAAAUUGUAUUUGGAUUGAAUAAGAUCCAUCUGUAUUGAGUUAUUAUGUUAAUUGUUUUUAUUUAAAUUCAUCAUUCCUUGUUACCAUUAACUUAUCAUUAGAGAAUGAAAUAUUGAUAUUGUACAUACAACAAAUUCAGUUAAAGUGUUGUCAUUUAGAUACGAUCAUUAACUUGUUAAUCAUUAAUUUUUGACAAUCAAUUGUAAAAACAAAGAUGCAAAUUGGCAAAAGCAAAGCCUAACAUCUCUUCAGUUUAUGUUUCCAUCAUGUUACGUUUUUUUUAUCAAAAGCCUGACAAAAACCAAACAAGAAAAAAUCUGAUUUGUUUCAAAUGGUAGAUGAACUGAAAUUAUGGUAACUGUUGGAAAGAUAACCAGAUAACCAGAUGAAAAAAUUAAUUUCAAUUUGGUUUUGAAAUAUAAUCAAAAAGAUCUUGGUUUGACAACUAAAUGUGCCCAAUCAUUGUGUGAUACCCAAAAACUUACUUUGUUUAUAGUGGAUAAUCAUCUAGACAAUAAAUUUUACAUUUAGUCCAA